GGCCCUUAUUCUACCAAAUUCCUCUUACGACCCAAACCCUAAUUUUGCAGAGAUUCUUUCUUACUCUUCUUUACUCUCGCAAACGGUUAAUAGAGAGGGAUUGGAGAGAGAAACGUUGUAGGGAGGUAACCAUGGACGCGCUAAGGAAACAGCUGGACCAGCUGAUGGGAGCGAACAGAAACGGCGACGUUCGAGAGGUAAACCGCAAGUAUUACGAUCGGGAUGUCUGCCGUCUCUACUUGGUCGGACUUUGCCCUCACGAGCUCUUCCAAUUGACGAAAAUGGACAUGGGUCCGUGCCCAAAAGUACAUUCUUUACAGCUGAGAAAAGAAUAUGAAGAAGCCAAAGCAAAAGGGACUGAUAACUAUGACAGAGACCUAGAAGAUGUCAUUGAUAGGCUCAUUGUUGAGUGUGAUAGAAAAAUUGCUAGAGCUCUUAAGCGCCUCGAAGAUGAUGAUGCAAAGGCUGCCAUUGCAAUUUCUGUCUCUGAGGUUACGCAGACACCUGAGGUGCUUGAGUUGUCGAAGCAGAUAAAGGAGAAGUUGAAGGAAGCUGAUCAACAUGAUCUUGAAGGCAAGACAGAUCUUAAGAUUCGAGCUUUGGAGGUGGUUGAAGAACUUAGAACUAAAAGAGCUGACAAACAGUCCAUGCUACUUUUGGAUGCCUUCAACAAAGAUAGGGCAUCUUUACCUCAACCACUGCCAAAUCCACCACCUUUGGCACCCUUGCCUGUAGUUGCUCCUGAUGCUCGUACUCAGGAAAUGAUAAAUGAGAAGCUAAAGAAGGCAGAGGAUCUUGGUGAGCAAGGAAUGGUUGAUGAGGCACAAAAAGCAUUGGAAGAGGCUGAAGCAUUGAAGAAGCUGCCUGCCAGGCAAGAGCCUGUUCUGGAUUCCUCCAAGUACACUGCUGCUGAUGUGCGGAUUACUGAUCAAAAGCUCCGAGUUUGUGACAUUUGUGGAGCAUUUUUAAGCGUUUAUGACAGUGACCGUCGUUUAGCUGAUCAUUUUGGGGGAAAGCUGCAUUUAGGCUAUAUGCAAAUUCGUGAGAAGUUAGCCGAGCUUCAGGAAGAGAGAAACAAGAGUCGCAAGGUUGAUCGGUAUGAUGAGCGGAGGUCAAAAGAGCGAAAAAGUAGGGACCGUGAAAGGGAACCAAGCAAGGACCGAGAUCGUGGAGAAAGUCGUGACCGAGCAAGGGAUUAUGAUCGCAGGAGCAGGGAUCGUGAUAGGUAUUAUGAUCGGGAUCGUGGAUACGAUCGUGAGCGUGAUAGAGAUUCAGAUCAUUCCCGCAGUUAUGAUUCAAGAAGCCGCCGCAGGUCACGCUCGAGGUCAAGGGAACGAUCCAGGGAUUAUGAUCGUCACAGGCGUUAUGAUCGGUACUAGACAGAGCUCCUGGCUAAGCAUUUUGGGAAUGAAAUUUGUGAUCUUGCCUAGGUCAGUGUUGAAAAUCAUGUAGGAGAAAGAUAAUUUUGUGUUUAUUUCUAAAUCCUUUGUUUUUUUUCUGGAGUUGAGCUGUUUCUAUCUGUGGAGAUGUAAGGACUGCUGCUUAGGUUUCUCAACUUCAUAUUUGAGAGGUAUGUUUGAGAGGUAUGUUUUACUCUAUAUUUUACAGCUAUUGCGAUAUGCAUUUCCUAUUAAAACUUGGCUGUAAUUUUAGCUGUUGUACUUUAAUUGGCGUUAAAAAUGGGGGGUUUGGUGGCUGUCUGCUAUACAAGGCACUAUAGGCAACUUAGACAGGAAGAAAAGGGACUGUAGUAAAACUUGCAUUGAGAAAUGAUCUUGUUCUUCUUUCA